UUGCAUGCACCGCAGCAGCAGCAGCGGCUGUGUGUCUGCCUGCCACAGAGAAACCGCGUCCCCGUGCGGGAUUCAUCACGCACCAGCAUCGCCCUGCAGCCAGCCAUGCUCACGCGGGUGAAGACAGCCGUGGCCAGCCUAAUGGGAGGCGUGAUGGCCGCAGGAUCAAGCGGAGAACAUCCCAGCGGCCCGGAUCUGCCGCUCAGAUUCCCGUACAGCAGACCGGAGUUCCUGGGACUGUCUGCGGAUGAGGUCGAGUGUUCGGCGGAUCAUGUCGCCCGUCCGAUCCUGAUCCUGAAGGAGAGCAAGCGGCUGCCCUGGUCCACCGGCUAUGCUGAGGUGAUUAAUGCUGGAAAGAGCACCUUAAACGAGGACCAGGCCUGCUGUGAGGUGCUGAAGCUGAAGAUGAGACUCCUGGAGAGUUCUACGCCAAACCGAACACCAACCGCCCGUAGGAGGUCUUCCCUACCCAAUGGAGAGGGAAUCAGCCCACGGGAAAGUGAUGGUUCAGAGGACCUAACCUUUCACUACUGGGCGUUAUUUGACGGUCACGCCGGCUCUGGAGCUGCUGUCAUGGCGUCCCGUCUUCUCCAUCAUCACAUUGCCCUGCACCUCCAGGAGGUGAUGGAGUUUCUGUGUGCACCCAACCUGCUGCCACCCACAUGCCUGGAUGAUGAACCUGUCAAUCACCUCCUCUCCGCAACAUCCCACCGUGCCCUAUCAAGGGCCACAUCACUACGCGGUGCUGCAGGGGCACCUGGUUCCCCCAGCACCCAACCAACGCGCUUCUUCACUGAAAAAAAAGUUUCACAAGAGAGCCUGGUUAUUGGAGCUAUAGAAAACGCCUUCAAAGAUAUGGAUAUGCAGAUCGAGAAAGAGAAGGCAUCGUUCAACAUCUCGGGCGGAUGCACCGCUCUAAUGGUCGCCUGUUUGCAAGGGAAGCUGUACGUUGGGAACGCAGGGGACAGCAGAGCAAUCAUUGUACGAGCUGGGGAAGUCAUCCCUAUGUCAGCAGAGUUCACACCGGAGUCAGAAAGACAGCGCCUGCAGUUUCUGGCCUACAUGCAGCCGCACUUGUUGGGAAACGAGUUCACACAUCUGGAGUUCCCGAGGAGAGUGCAGAGGAAGGAGGUGGGGAAGAGGAUGCUGUACCGUGACUUCACCAUGUCAGGAUGGGCGUAUAAAACCAUCGAGGACGAUGACCUGAAGUUUCCUCUGAUCUACGGCGAGGGGAAGAAGGCUCGGGUGUUGGCAACGAUUGGGGUAACAAGAGGUUUUGGGGACCACAAUCUAAGAGUGCACGAUUCCAACAUUUAUAUCAAGCCCUUCCUGUCCUGCUGCCCAGAGGUCAAGGUUUACCCCUUAUCGCAGUACGAGCAUGGAGCGGAUGACGUCCUGAUUCUGGGAACCGACGGUCUGUGGGACGUCCUUUCUAACCAGGAAGUGGCUGAAGCGGUCACCACUUUCCUGGCAAACUGCGACCCAGACGACCAGCACAGGUACACAAUGGCAGCUCAAGACCUGGUCAUGAGAGCACGCGGGGAGCUGAAGGACCGCGGCUGGAGGAUAUUCAAUGACAGAUUAGGCUCUGGGGACGACAUCUCUGUCUACAUCAUCCCCCUCAUGUAUGGAAACAAGCAGAACUAGCAGGGUUAAGAAACUACAACCAAAAACCUUGGCUUGACCCACUCAGUUUCCCUCUUCACUCUUUUAUUUUUUGUAAAGAAGUGCUUUUGUGUGGAUUUCCUGAAGGAUCCAAGCUGUUUCUGCUCCGAGCUGAGAUUUCUGUCCAGGUUUCCUGUGCAUCGUCCCCAUCAGGGUGCUCUAUUUUGGUCCGUUCCUUUAUUCUAAAGAAGAAACCGAGAAACCAAACAAUGAAAGGAACUGCUGAUGACUUGAACUAUGUUUUUUUUUUAGUCUUUUGAGGAAGCCAUCUUUAACUUUAGCCUGAGAUGUUUCUGGAGCUUGGACUGUGGCGGACAGUGCGGCAACAUGCAUCUCAGGAUCGCGGUUAUUUGACAAUAUUUAUAAUUGUUAAACAUGUAAAUACCUGCACAGCAUUUGCUAAAAGUGGGUUUUGUGGAAUAUUUGCAUAAUAUAUGAUGAAAAAAAAAAAGUCUGGGCACUGAUAAGGGGGCAAAAAUGAAAUGAUUUCUGUAUGUUAGGCCUCCA